GCCCCGUUCCCGGGCUGGCCGGGGGUCUGUGCCGUGGUGGCGGCAGGGGGUCACCCUCUCCGUUGCCUGGUUGGUCUCAGCGGUGGCAUUUGCGGGUCUGCGUCACCCUCUGGAACCCCGUGACCGCUGGACCUGCUGUGGUCGGAUUCAGCGCUCGCACCCUCCUUUGCUCAGGAAGUGUCCGGGGAGGAGGAGGAGCGGGGGCUCAGCUCUGUAGAUGGCCGGGCUGGCUCAGGGGACGGCUCGCGUCUCUAUUGUUUCAGCCUCUCAAAGGGAGCUUCUGACUCACUGAAGAAAUAUUUGCUUUAAGAGGCAGGUUUCAUGCCUGGUGUAUGGGAGGGAAAGGGCAAAGUGCCUCUACCGGAGGCUGUGCAGUACACGGCAUGGCCGGGCAUCGGCCCUUCCCGUAACCCGGGGCAGAGGCUGGAGGAGGCUGUGUUGGGAACUGUUGCAGUAGCCCUGCAUAGGAGGGACCAGUCGGAUGCCUCGGACCCAAGUAGGGAAGAGUUUUACCUCAUCCAAGACAGCGGCCACUAUGGCAAGAAGUGCCCUGCGGGCACCUACGUUGCAGAAAGCUACAGGAACGGCUCCAGCAAGUGUUCGCCGUGUAAAGACAAUGAAUACACGGAAUACCCAAAUGACUUUUCCAAGUGCCUUGGCUGCCGGACAUGUAGGGAAGAUCAGGUGGAGCCGAGUCCCUGCCGAGCCGUCAGAGACACGCAGUGCAUCUGCAGGAACGGCACCUUCUGCUCCCCGGACCACCCCUGCGAGAUGUGCCAGAAGUGCCGGCCCCGGUGUCUCAAGGAUGAAGUGGAGCUGGCUCCCUGCACGCCGCACAGCGACCGCCAGUGCGGUCCUUACACCGGUACCUUCUCCGACUUCCCUCUUGAUCAUUGCCAUCACCUUAGCUGUGGCCUUCCCUGUGGUUCUCAUCAUCUUCUGUGGGUGGCGGCACUACUGCCACCGUUCCUCAGGAGACAGGAGAGACAUGAGCGGGAAGCCCUGCAGCGUGAUGGUGAGUUGCCAGCGUCAGGGGUGGGGUGUGGUGGCUCCCCACUUCGCCUGCAGCUCCUGGGAAGGCUGGAGGAGCAGGGGGGCGAGUCUCGCCCCUGCGGGGAUGUGGUAGAGCUGGACCAAGCAGAGGAGGGUCUCUGGUGGUGCCCUGCUCUAUGUGGGGCGCUUGCAGCCCCCUCCCCAGUGCCGUUAUCGCAGAGGUGCCAGCACGCCCAGCGUCCCUGCUGGGGACCCAGGGUUACAGGGAGGGCUGUGCUGUACGGGGCCCCUGCCACUGCGGUGUCUACCAGCGCUCCGAGGCAGGAGGUGACGGCACCGAGGACCUCAUAUCCCAUCAUGAAACCCAGGAGGAAGCUGGUUCCAACGGAAGAAAAUAAAGCCUGUAAUGUUUUGCGAUCCUCUUUUGAGAUCUUUGCCCAAGAUGUGCCUUGGAAGGACUGGAAGAGAUUCGGCCGAGCCCUUGGUCUGCUGGAGAAUGACAUUGCCCUUGCAGAGAUGAACGACAGGUAUGCGCUGGAGCCCUUCUUCCAGAUGCUCCACAUGUGGCAGAACAGAGAAGGGCUGAACGCCUCCGUGAACACGCUGCUGGAGACCCUGCACCGGAUCAAUCUUGGAGGGAUCGCAGAGGACAUAUCAUCCAAGCUGGUCCAGCAGGGAUCUUUCCAAUAUGAAACAAGCUGAGGAGCAAGGCAGGCCCUGCAUCUCCUCACUUGAAGCUAAAACCAUGAAUACCUCCAAGAAUACUUGAGUUUUAUCUUUUUGUAGUCCUCCUGCGGCUCUUUUCUUUUUCAAGCCAUUGGAUGGUUCAGCUGAGCCCAGAGGAGUUGAUCCUCUCAUGAAGUACGAGCCUCGUGGUCCUCUCUGCCAAAACUGUGGGCUCAACGUUGCUGCUUCCUUAUGAAAUCCAAGCUGGUGCCUUGGUUUCACUGGGUUAAUGGAAAGAACAUAAAAUUAUUGCAAGCUGCCUCUAGGACUGUCUCUCUUGGAAGCACUGGUACUAUAUGGAUGUCUUCAGGAUCGGUGUGGCGAAGGACCUUUGCAGAAUGUGGGCAUCCCUGUGGUUUUUAACUGGAUCAUCCUUUUUUUGGGCAGUUCCUGGCAUCACGCAAUGGCUUCUGCUUGUAGAACAUCUCUAAGGUGGCCAGCAAGCUUAAUGCUAUGUGCUUGGUGGGCGAGCAUUAAUUGGGGUCUCUGGUUACUUUCUGAAAGCUGUUGACUGAAUUGUAUUUUAGCUGAUAGUGGUUCUGCUUGCUGUUAGGAAUCAGUUUGAAACUGGACUUGGAGGGGAGGGUGGACAUGAUUUACUUGCUCUGUCAUCACGGGGGUUGCCUGAGAAAAGGGUCAGUGCGGGGAGCGAGUGAGGCUCCUCCUCGGAGCAGGUUGCGAACUAUGGGCGUGCCAGAAACCUCCUUCUCCACCACCUCGGUCAAGUCAGUUGGUUCCCGUGCCCCUGGCUGCGAGGUGGCUUGGCUGUCCCUGCCUGUCCCCAGCCAGCAUGGAAAGGUGAAGGCACUGAGGUGCGAGCGUGACCGGGGGUACCCGCCGUCCCUCCUCCAGCUGGGAUGGGGUGCUCCUCAAACCCUUUGCCACUAAUUCUGGCUCUCACACAUAGCUCAGGGACAACAUGGCUGGAAAAAAA